GACUAAGGGCUCAGAGAUCUUGUUUGGAGUCGCGCCGUGUUCCCUGGCCCUCUCUCAGUCGCGGAGGGACCUGUUCAGGCUGUUCCUCAAGCAGGGCGGCGGCUCCCGGCAGCUUCUCAUGAGUGAGUUCGUCCUUCAGGCCAUGGCCCGGGGAGUCCCUGUGCACCACGUCCACAAGAGAGAGCUGGACGCUCUUUGCAGAGGUCGGGUCCACCAGGGAGUUUGUUUGGAGGCCACUCCGCUCCGUUUCAAGAGUUUGGAGGAAGAUGCAAAGCCCGAUUCGGGGGAUGAAGAGAGUCCAAACCAGCAGCUGAUUUGGCUGGCGCUGGAGCACAUCCAGGACCCCAUGAACCUGGGGGCAGUGCUGCGCUCUGCGUACUUCCUGGGGGUGGACAGAGUGGUGACAAGCCAGAGGGACAGCUGCCCCUUGACUCCAAUAGUGAGCAAAGCCAGCUCUGGGGCUGUGGAACUCUUUGAUGUCUACAGCACAGAUGAUCUCCAGAGUCUUUUAAAGGCUAAAGCUGCAGAAGGCUGGGAAGUUUUGGGCACGGUCAGCAAGCAUGAGGACGUGGAGAACGUUCCUGUCAUCAGCUGCUCAGAGUUUCAGUGGAACAAACCCGUGGUUAUAGUAAUAGGUAGUGAGGGUGAUGGGCUUUCCCUGGAGACACAGCUCCUGUGCCACCGGCUGCUGACCAUAGCCCCGGGCAGGGCGCUUCACCCCGGCAUGGAGUCGCUCAACGUCUCUGUUGCUACAGGUAUUCUCCUGCACUCCAUCUGCAGCCAGAGGCUGAGGCACGGUGGUUGA